UUGUCUGCUUGCGGCGCCGCCGACCAAUUCUAUUUAUAUUUUAUUUAUUUCUAUUUUGGAGUGAACUGUAUAUUAUAUUCCAUAGACGGCAUAUAUUCAAAUUGUCGAAGAGAGAUCUUAGAUUAUGAAAUCCAACAAUAUUUAGUUCCUGGUAAAACAUUUGUGUAGGCUGGUAUUUAAAUUAAAUGGUACAAGCGUAGUUAAAGUGCAAUAAUAUACAUACUUAUACAUAUAUAUAUACCAACUACUUGCAAAUAUCCACAAAGGAAUAUCUAAAUAUACGUGUAUACAUAUAUGUGUAUAUAAUUAUUGGUGUCGCCAAACAAUAUCGGCAAUUAUGUAACAGAGCUGUUGGUGUUUUACUGACUCAUAUUUAAAGUUUCAAAGAUUCUAUUUUGAUAAUGGACUUGUUGGUAUUCUUAACGGCUGCGGCACACCUAGUUUACACUCCCUUUACGAAGGUUGAGGAAAGCUUCAAUUUACAGGCCAUGCACGACAUUUUAUAUCUACGAAAUAACUUCACACAGUAUGAUCACCAUGAGUAUCCAGGGGUGGUGCCUCGCACAUUUAUAGGCCCUCUGGUCAUAUCAAUUGUGUCUGCCCCAUUUGUGCUACUAUUCGAGGCGCUGAACAUCAAUAAGUUCUGGGCACAAUAUGUAGUGCGCCUUGUACUCGCUGGUGCCAUCUCAGUGGCUUGGAAUAAACUGCGACAAGCGGUGACAAGGAUCUAUGGCAUCGACGUGCGGCUUUGGUUCACAGCUAUUACCAUUACACAGUUUCAUUUUAUGUUUUAUAUGACCAGGACAUUGCCAAAUGUAUUUGCUUUGCCCUUGGUUCUUUAUGCAAUUGCAUCGUGGCUGUUAAAUCAGCAAAAGCAGUUUGUAAUCUCGUCAGGCAUAGCCAUACUUGUAUUUCGCUCGGAAUUGGCUCUGUUUUUGGGCCUUUUGUUGGGUGUUAGCUUGCUGCAAAAAAAUCUCUCCGUUGAUAGAUUGCUGAAGAUAGCUAUACCGGCGGGUGUUGGCAUUUUGACAGCCACUGUGCUGGUGGAUUCGUUUUUCUGGCGCCGUCUGCUUUGGCCAGAGGGAGAGGUUCUGUGGUAUAAUACUGUGCUUAAUAAGAGCUCAAAUUGGGGCACAUCGCCAUUCCUUUGGUACUUCUACUCGGCUCUACCUCGUGCUAUGGGUGCUUCAUUGGCAUUUGUACCAAUUGGCAUUUAUCUGGAACCUCGUGUUCGUAAAUUGGCUCUGGCGGCAAUAGGUUUCGUCCUACUUUACUCUAUAUUGCCGCAUAAAGAACUCCGCUUCAUCAUUUACGUUUUUCCUGUGCUAAACAUAGCUGCCGCUUGCGGCUGCCAGAGAAUAUGGAUGAACAGCGCCAAGUCAGCUUGGCAUAGUUUUCUGGCCUUAAUCUCUGGUGGACAUCUGCUACUAAAUGUGUUUGUCACCGUAUUCCUUCUGGUCAUUUCGGGCACAAACUAUCCUGGUGGUGCUGCCUUGUCCCGGCUCCAUCGCUUGGAAGCAAACAAUGGCAAUGUUUCAGUUCACAUAGCCAAUCUGGCCGCUCAGAGCGGAGUGUCCAGGUUUAUGGAGAUACGGAACGAAUGGGCGUACAGCAAGGACGAAACUAUGAACUAUACUCAAAUUGAAAUAGCGAAAUACAGUCAUCUUUUGGUGGAAGCCAAGAAUAAACAGAACAGUGAUCUGUGGGCAGUACUCCAGGAAAAUUUUGAUACUCUAGAGUUUGUCGAUUGCUUUAACAGCAUAGGAAUUCAAUACAACUCGCUUCUGCCAGUGCGAAUAAAGACUAAGCCCUGUAUAGGCAUUCUCAAAAAACGUGUGCCUAAAACAAAGAAAACAAAGUCGAAACGGAAAAAAGAAACCGAAGAUCCAGUCGUACAAGUAAAGAUACCCAUGGAAGAAACCGGAUCUGUAGAAUCAGUCAACGGCGUUGUGAUUAAGGAAAAAGAACACAAUCCAUUAGUAUUAUUGCAAACGGAUGUCGAUGAGGACGAUGGCAUUGUAUCAACUGUAGAGGAAACUUCAUUAGAGAUCAACGCUGAUGAUGGAACAAAUACUGAGGCUGAAGCAUCAAAUGCUCCUGCCAAGGAAAUAAAUUUCCAGGAACUACGGAAUUUAGCCUUGGGACAGGCCACUCGUACAUCCCGAGUUGCAACCAAGUUGAAAAUCAGAAAAAUUAUCGAACAACAUUACCGGGCAAAGGGAAAACUUAUUGAAAACGACUCUGUAGAGCAGGAACAUCAACAUAAAAACACUGCCAUGCGGCAGUCUGUGAAAUCUAUAAUCAAGCAGGCAAAAAUAAAAGAAAUGAUUGAACAGAUUGCCACCAUGGAUCUGACUCGUAUUUGCGAUUUGGAAAAGACAUCUACUAAGGACUGCCUGAAACAGGUUAUAGACAAAAUAGAUGAUAAUGAUAGUGGAAAAACGAAAUUAUAAUAUGAAAAUUGAAUACCAAAGAAAAUGUUUGCCUAAAUUAGGACCGAAACAAUAAAAUUAACAAUAAUAAUGUUUUAAA